AGAUCGGGACAGCCAUUUGGCCCUCAGCUUGGGAGGUACCGCAGCGCCAAGGCCCGAGCUGACACUAGAGUCUUUUGAGGGGAUCCCGGGGCCGUCACACUGGAGCGAAGAGCACAACGCGGCAGGCCUGGGAAGCCCGGAAACCAGCGCGCGAAGUGCGGGAGCCGGGGCCGCUCCGGCUGCCAGGGCAGGGCGGAGGGCGCCGCGGCCCGGGGCGGCGCUGCAAGGACCCUGCGGCCGGGCCCAGGACCGCCGCCAGGGAGCGCUGCGGGCUCCCGCUCGCCCGCCCCCCGGUAGGCGGGGCCGCGCUCUCCCCGCAGCCGCCGCCGCAGCCGCCGCCUGGGCCGCCCGGUGUACCCGGUGGAGCCGCUGCCGCCGCCGCCGGGAGCUCGAUGCGGACGGAGCCCGGGCCGGGCCAUGGGGAUCCUCAGCAUCACGGACCAGCCGCCCUUGGUCCAGGCCAUCUUUAGCCGAGAUGUGGAGGAAGUGCGUUCCCUCCUCUCGCAGAAGGAGAACAUCAAUGUGCUGGACCAAGAGAGGCGAACCCCACUGCAUGCUGCUGCCUACAUAGGCGAUGUCCCCAUCCUCCAGUUGCUACUGAUGUCAGGUGCUAAUGUCAACGCUAAGGACACACUGUGGCUGACCCCUCUUCAUCGUGCUGCUGCCUCCCGAAAUGAGAAGGUGCUGGGUCUGCUGCUGGCACAUUCAGCAGAUGUGAAUGCCCGGGACAAGCUGUGGCAGACACCAUUGCAUGUGGCUGCCGCCAACCGGGCCACCAAGUGUGCUGAGGCUCUGGCACCCCUGUUGAGCAGCCUCAAUGUGGCUGACAGGAGUGGGCGCAGUGCCCUGCACCACGCAGUGCAUAGUGGGCAUUUAGAGACGGUGAACCUGCUCCUCAACAAAGGAGCCAGCCUGAAUGUCUGUGACAAAAAGGAGCGGCAGCCUCUGCACUGGGCAGCUUUCCUAGGGCAUUUGGAGGUCCUGAAACUGCUGGUGGCACGGGGAGCAGACCUUGGCUGCAAAGACCGCAAGGGCUAUGGGCUGCUCCAUACAGCUGCUGCCAGUGGCCAGAUUGAAGUGGUGAAGUACCUGCUCCGGAUGGGGGCUGAGAUUGAUGAGCCCAACGCUUUUGGAAACACAGCUUUGCACAUCGCCUGCUACCUGGGCCAGGAUGCUGUGGCUAUUGAGCUGGUGAAUGCAGGAGCCAAUGUCAACCAGCCGAAUGACAAGGGUUUCACGCCACUACAUGUGGCUGCAGUCUCCACCAAUGGCGCGCUCUGCUUGGAGCUGUUGGUCAAUAACGGGGCUGAUGUCAACUACCAGAGCAAAGAAGGGAAAAGUCCUCUGCACAUGGCUGCCAUCCAUGGCCGUUUUACCCGCUCCCAGAUCCUCAUUCAGAAUGGCAGCGAGAUUGAUUGUGCUGAUAAAUUUGGGAAUACGCCACUGCAUGUGGCCGCUCGCUACGGACAUGAGCUACUCAUCAGCACCCUCAUGACCAAUGGCGCAGAUACCGCCCGGCGCGGCAUCCAUGACAUGUUCCCCCUGCACUUAGCUGUUCUCUUUGGAUUCUCUGACUGUUGUCGUAAGCUUCUUUCCUCAGGUCAGCUGUACAGCAUUGUAUCUUCUCUCAGCAAUGAGCAUGUGCUUUCAGCUGGGUUUGACAUCAAUACGCCUGAUAACCUUGGCCGUACUUGUCUUCAUGCUGCUGCUUCUGGAGGGAAUGUUGAAUGUCUUAAUUUGCUGUUGAGCAGUGGAGCUGACUUGAGGAGAAGAGAUAAAUUUGGAAGGACCCCCCUGCACUAUGCAGCCGCCAACGGCAGCUACCAGUGUGCUGUCACACUGGUAACUGCUGGGGCAGGCGUCAAUGAGGCCGACUGUAAAGGCUGCUCUCCCCUCCACUACGCCGCCGCCUCCGACACCUACAGGAGAGCGGAACCCCACUCAUCUUCCAGCCACGAUGCUGAAGAGGACGAGCCACUGAAGGAGUCCCACAGAAAGGAGGCCUUCUUGCCUGUCCCCGCCUCACAGUCUACCCCUGCCCCCAGCUGUCUGGAGUUCUUACUGGAUAACGGUGCAGACCCCUCCCUGCGGGACAGGCAGGGCUACACAGCUGUGCACUAUGCAGCCGCCUAUGGCAACAGACAGAACCUCGAACUGCUCUUAGAAAUAUCCUUUAACUGCCUGGAGGAUGUGGAGAGCACCAUUCCAGUCAGCCCUUUGCACUUAGCUGCCUACAACGGUCACUGUGAAGCCCUGAAGACACUGGCCGAGACGCUGGUGAAUCUGGAUGUAAGGGACCACAAGGGCCGGACCGCGCUUUUCCUGGCCACUGAGCGAGGCUCCACUGAGUGUGUGGAGGUGCUUACUGCCCACGGCGCCUCUGCUCUCAUCAAGGAGCGCAAGCGCAAGUGGACACCCCUGCACGCUGCUGCUGCCUCUGGCCACACUGAUUCCCUGCACUUGCUGAUCGACAGUGGGGAACGAGCUGACAUCACAGAUGUCAUGGAUGCCUACGGACAAACCCCACUGAUGCUGGCCAUCAUGAAUGGCCACGUGGACUGUGUACAUCUGCUGCUAGAGAAAGGAUCCACAGCUGAUGCUGCUGACCUCCGGGGCCGCACCGCCCUCCAUCGUGGGGCAGUGACUGGCUGUGAGGACUGCCUGGCUGCCCUGCUGGACCAUGACGCAUUUGUGCUGUGCCGAGACUUCAAGGGCCGCACACCCAUUCACCUGGCCUCGGCCUGUGGCCACACCGCCGUGCUGCGGACCCUGCUGCAGGCUGCCCUUUCCACAAACCCCCUGGAUGCUGGGGUGGAUUACAGCGGAUACUCGCCCAUGCACUGGGCCUCCUACACUGGACAUGAAGAUUGUCUGGAGUUGUUACUUGAACACAGCCCAUUUUCAUACCUGGAAGGAAACCCCUUCACUCCUUUGCACUGUGCAGUAAUUAAUAACCAAGACAGCACCACAGAGAUGCUGCUGGGAGCUCUGGGUGCCAAGAUUGUGAACAGCCGAGAUGCCAAAGGACGGACCCCUCUUCACGCCGCUGCCUUCGCGGACAAUGUCUCUGGGCUCCGGAUGCUGCUGCAGCAUCAGGCCGAGGUGAACGCCACUGACCACACUGGCCGCACUGCGCUCAUGACGGCGGCUGAGAACGGGCAGACCGCUGCUGUGGAAUUUCUGCUGUAUCGAGGGAAGGCAGACCUUACUGUGCUGGAUGAGAACAAGAACACUGCCCUCCACUUGGCUUGUAGCAAGGGCCAUGAGAAAUGUGCCCUCAUGAUCCUGGCAGAAACCCAAGACCUUGGCCUUAUCAAUGCUACCAACAGUGCGCUGCAGAUGCCACUCCAUAUUGCUGCCCGGAAUGGUUUAGCUUCUGUGGUGCAGGCCCUGCUGAGUCGUGGGGCCACAGUGCUGGCUGUGGAUGAAGAAGGUCAUACCCCAGCACUGGCCUGCGCCCCCAACAAAGAUGUGGCAGACUGCCUGGCCUUGAUCCUUUCCACCAUGAAGCCUUUCCCACCCAAGGACGCUGUCAGUCCUUUCAGCUUCAGCCUGCUCAAGAACUGCGGCAUUGCAGCAGCCAAGACGGUGGGUGGCUGCGGGGCCCUGCCCCACGGGGCCUCCUGCCCCUACAGCCAGGAGCGGCACGGCGCCAUUGGGUUAGAUGGCUGCUACUCUGAGUAGCCCCCCUUCAGUGUCCCUCUCCCUGCCGGUGGCUUGAUAUCUUAUUCUAUUUAUUUAGAAAGUCUAUACAUUUAGGGCACUUUAAAGGAGAACACGACUGGGUUGGGGGGCGGAGGGGGAAAAAAAGCACUGGGGAGCAGCUGCUCACCCCUUUGCCACACCAUCCUGGCCUGGCAGGGGUCUGGAACCGACAGGGCGCACCCCAGGCCCUUGGUACCCCCAGGGCAGCCCCUUCUGCCAAGUGUCCCAAAAUGAUUGCUAAAUGCCUGGCUCCCCCUCUCUUUUACCCCAUCUCUCAGUUCCCCUUUUCUGCUGCCAGCUCCCCCAACUCUUCCCUCUAACUCUCCCUUCUGUGUCCCCCUUCCCCCUGCCCCUACUGCCAGGCAGAUCCCCUCUUCUUCCACACCCAUCACUGCCUCCCUGCUCGGCCGCCUCCUCCAUCCCCGCAGCAGUGAGAAGCCUUAAUUUCUGGUACUGUGUGAGCACUCUGGGGGUGUCCCCCUCCCCCUUCAGGGGCAGCUAGCGGAUGAGGGGGGAGGGUAUUUAGCACUGGGGCCUGGAGCUUUUCCCCCACUUCUAUACCCCAUCACCCCUAAAGUUCAAAUGCAAAACACUUGAAGCAGCAACUACUGUACCUGGGCCCCAAUCCUGCACUCUCCCCUGGCUCCUCAUAUGCAAAUCAAGGGCUGGUUCUGCCCCCACAGCCUGCCCCUCCUGCUUCCUUCCCCCUCCUGGCCCGGCCCCCUAACCACGCACUUUAACCUUGCUUCUUUCUUUUAACUUCUUUUGGGAGGGCAGAGUCUCUGGCCAUUCCCUCCCUGGCUCUCCUCUCCCUUAACUUUGAGGCUUGUCAUGAAUUUUUAAGUAAGCAUUUUAUUCUUUAGGGGAAGAAACAAAUUAAUUUCCUGCCCAUUUCAAAAACCACAGCCCUAGUAUGUCCUAUGUGUUUCAGGCAUGUGUUUGCAUGUGUGUGGAGGGGGGACUGUAUUCUUCCUCCUGUGUCCCCCAGUCCCAUAGUUCCUCUGUGCUCCUCGUCUGCCACCACCUUCCAUUAUGUCCAAGAGUACCCACUGCCCCCAGUCACUCCUGAUCUGAAGCCAAAGAUGGUGGGAGGGGCAGGGCAGACUAGGCACACCGUCGCUACUAGGGACCCAGGCUUCCCCUCCAGUGUGAGGAGGAAGCUCUGAUCUAAGGAACAACCAACAGACCCUGAGGCUUGGUCCCUGCCUUCCCAGCAGCAAAGAGAGAAGGGAUUGAGCUAGGGGCUGCACUGAGAAGAUUCCUCAAAGUGGCACCCCAAAAGCCAAACUGGGCCAGAGUGAGGAGGGGGCAGUUGUUUUCUCUAAAUGUAGCAUUGACUUUGGCCCUGGUCCCUUCAAACGCCCUGUCCAUCCAUCUCCUAGUUAAGCCUCCUGGACAGUUGGACCCACUCCCACUCCCGUAGCCCAGUGUUCCCUUCCUCACACUCAAUACCUCAGCCAGGGGCCAAGACACAGAACUUGAAUAGAGGUCAUGCCCCCUCCACUCCCACAGUGCAUCCUUGCCCAGUUUGGCUGCCAUCAGUAUUGUCCCCUGAGAACUGGACAGGCUUCGUUUACACAGUAGAGGGUCUCCCCUGGGGGGUCCCUCAGUCUCCUGCCCCUACCCAUGCUUGCUUUAUUCACAGUCUUACCCACUUUUCAGUUGUGGCCCCUGCAAAUCUUGCCACCCUUGCCAAGGGUGGGCUGAGGGGAGAGGAGGCAUCCCAGGGCCCCUCUAUCCCUAACGAAUAUCCUUAACCAUACCUCAUGCUCGUUCCCGGAUGCCUGGGGUGUUUGUCCAAGUCCUUAAUUCUGUUUGUCAUGGCCCCUUUUUAUCCUCUCUCUCUGUGUCUUGCUUCCCCCACCCCUCAGUUCCUAAACCAUUUCAAAGCUUCCAAAUGACCAUUAUUGGUGAGAAGGAUUGUGCAGCUUUUUAGUUUUUAUUUUUGUUUUCAAAGCCAAAGGGCCUUGCAACGCCCCUCUUGCCCACCUCCCUCCAUACCCUGUCCUCCCCUAUACGACAAUCAAUGUGACCUCUCUUAAGGGCUGCAGCCCCCCACCCCUACCCUGCUAGUUCUGCAGAGCUUGCCCCCUAACUUCAAUUCUCUCUCCUGAAAUCUUCCCAUUCCACCCCUCCCUCUCAUUUUGGUGCUGGGAAUUAGGUGGUGGGGGGCGGGGGAGCAGGGAGCUGGGUCCUCCAGAGAAGAAGACUCUCGGGGUAUCAGUCGUGUUCUCCUUUAUCCACGUUCGGCGAUGACAGGAAGAAUUGGAGUGUUUGUCAGGAGCCCCAUCGUUUUGCUAGACGAGAUUUCUGGUGGCUGCCUGCUCCCUGCUGCCUGUUCAGCACACCGUCAGCAGUGCUGGGGCAGGUGGUGGGGCCUCCUUUGUCCCUCCUCAUGUGGCUAUGAGGAGGCCUGGAGGACAAGCAGCCUCCUCUCCUUAUGCCAAAGGAAAUCCCACACCCCACCCUGGGUUCUCCAGCCCCUAGUAUUUUUUGAAGCAUUUUGACCAUUCUCAUGGCCACUGCAUAUUUAUUUUAAUGUUAAGAUUUUUUUUAAAAACCUCUUUGACUUAAACGGGUGUGGAGAAGUAAAACAGGCAGAAUGCCCCCCAAUAUUCAGGGGGUAGGGUGGGGAGGAAACCUCUCCUUCCCUUCGCCCGCCCUCUUUUCCUCCCCCUCUCCCCACCGCAGCUCUAAAGCACUUGCUUCAAGUAAUAAGCACUUUUGAGAAAAAGCCUAUUUUAAGUGAGGACCUGGGAGCAGCCCCAGGUCCCAGCAGAGGAGACAGCGAGGGCUACAUAGGAGACAGGGAAACAGACUAGUGAAUCAGAGGGCGAGAUGAAAAGAGCGUUUUUAGUUUCUGAUUUUGGGGGGAUAUGUUUCUGAUUGGGCGGUGGCUUUGGUAGGGUUGUGUACUAUCCUUCAGUAAAACAAAUGGCACAAACUGUGGGUCCCAGGAUGGACCAACAGACCCAGGUCACUGCCACUGCUCCGCUGAGACUGACGGGCCACCUCCCCCACCCCCUGGCCCCCUGAGCCAUAGGACUGCUGAAAACCACUGAAUGUACAGCCCAGGUUGGGGUGGGGAGUAGCCCCUGGGGGAGGGGGCUUCUCCUUUUGUUUGGUGCUGUGGGGGGUGGGAGAGAUGAGACUGAGGGACUGCCACCCCACGUAGACAUGUGUUCCUUGGGGUGGAGGGGCUGAGGAGGGCCCGCCUCCCUCUCCAGCCCCCGCCAUGGCCCUCUUCUUCCCUCAUCCCGAUCCGUUUUGACUGUAAGUCCAGCUCACCUUUGCCUUCAAUAUGUAACCAAAGGAAAACUCAAUACUGUUUCCACCGCUGUCUGCCCACCCGAGCACCUUUUUACUCCCUGGACCUAGAAGGGGAGAAGAGGCUGGGGAUGCGAGGGGUGUGGGGCCAGAGUGAACGGUUCUACAGCUGUAUCCCCAAAACCUUCUCUGGGGUCUUGGAAGAGGCCCUGAGAGGUGGGGUGGGGCCAGGCUGGAAAGGCUGGGAGCAGGCACACUCUGCAUCUUGUGCACAUGCGUGUUUCUUCGUCUGAAUGACUCCAGUGACUGUACUCCAGCAGGGAGGCCCCUUCCUCUAUCCCCCUUCGCCAUUCUUCACCCUCUCCCCCACCCAGUGUUCAUCCCCCGCCUCCCCUUCCCACCGCAAAGGAAAAUAGCCUUACAGACCCUAGCCCAGAAACCCUCCUCCUGGGGCAAACCAGUGUGGGGCCCCAUCCUGCCUAGUUUGAACCCUACCUUGUAAGAAGGAGGGAGAAGGCGCAAAAGCAGCCCCUUCCCCCCCCCCCAUCAUGGUGGCUCCAGCCCUCUGUGGCCUUGACCCACCUGGGCAAGGGCGGAGGUGAGGAAUAUUUGAGGACCAAGCCCAGUGGUCUGGGAAGGGGGAGGUAGAGAGGGAAUGGUCUGACUUGAGGACUCCCACCUCCCAACCCAACCCCUAGGGAAGCGACCAAAUCCCAGAGAUGGGAGGAAGCUGGGGUGGGGAGGGUCUGCUCUAUGAAUUACUUGAAGGUACUGACUCCAAGGCUGCUGUUGCCCACUUAGGUGUGAGGAGGACACUGUCACUGCAUCUGGGAAGGCAGAGGGUGGCGGGUGACCAGAGAGGAUCUGCCCUUGGCCCGCCCCCACUCCUGCUAGGCCCCUUCCCUGGGGAGCCUGGCUUUGCCCCCAGGGAAGUCAGGGAGAGCCUUCCCCUCCCAUCUCCAUCCCUCACUCUGGGCACCCUCUCCAAUUGCACUAAAGUAGCUGUUGUGCCAGUCUUACCCCCACACCAGGGUGGGGUCUCUGCUUCCAGUCCUUUCUCUCCUAUUGCCUCCGCUCCUGUCCUGGACAAUCUCCUUGUUCCCUGUAUUCCUGGAUAGCUCAGCUUUGUAUGUGUGUGUUUUGGGGGUGGGGGUGGGUUCCAGCUGGAGUGGGUUUGGUAGGGGUUUGGGAAGGGCUAGGGGAAAGGUGGAGGAUGAAAUCUCCUACCCCCUUCCUCAACUCCAAGCCACAGAAGCCUAGGAGGGGAGGGUACCUACUCUCGCUGCCGUAUGUCUUGCAGAUGUGCCAAAAUGGGGGUGGGUGGGAGGGGAGGGUGCCUGGCAGAGCGGCCCCCAGGGUGGCUCUCUCAAAGCAAUACAGUUCCUCCUGCCUGGGGGACGGCAAGACAGGGGAGAGGGUUGGGUUGGGGACCUGAGGGUUCCCUGUGUAUAGCUAUGUAUAUUCAGGGGUGUUCUCUGUCUGGUACCCACUGUGGGCGUCUAUGUGUGUGUGAUCCUCCCCUUCCCCAUGCCCUGCAUGACCUGUGAUGCUGCAGACACCACCAUCCUGUGUGCAGGGGUGUGUUGGGGGCACUGAGGGGCAUGUUCCAUGUCCUCUUGCACCCUCCACCCUGUGACCCAUGUACUCGGUUGUAGGAAGUAAAGAGAACUGAGCACAAUUCACUGGAUUCUAGUUGAAUCUUUCUCUAAGCAAUUUUCCCUUCCCUUCUCCCUGCCUUGGAAUCACCUGUGGUGCUAGCGUUGGGGUCGGGGGUGUUUAAUGCUGGUGGGCAGCAAUAAAGGGCAGAUCUGCCCAGAUGCCUGUAUCCCCAGGGUGCUGAGGGUAGCAGGAAAAAGUGGGGACCUCGGUGCAUUGCCCCACCCCUCCCCCUCCUCCCUGGGCUAAAGCACAAUGCUUUCCCCGAAGAAGAUUGAGGCACCCUGUACCCUCCAGGCCCCUACUCAUGUCCUCCCCAGACCUGCUUGGAGCCCUCCCUCCUGCCACAUCCUGGUUUUCUAUGCUGUUUUGGUGCAAGUAUAACUGUCGUAGUCAUGGCUUUGGGAUGGGUUCUGUUUAUUAAAAUCCUAUUGCUCCUA